AUGAAUCCCCUUAGUUGGAACUGCCGGGGGCUUGGGAACCCCCUGUCAGUUAGAGCGCUGCAUGACAUUGUGCAUUGUUGGAAGCCCAAAAUCGUCUUCCUCAUGGAGACAAAAUCGAAAGUUAAACGUAUGGAGAGAAUAAAAAAUAGAGUCGGUUUUGCUAAUGGACUUAUUGUUCCCGGUCAAGGCAGAAGUGGGGGUGUUGCUUUAUUCUGGACUCGUGAUAUUAAUCUAGAAAUUAAAAGCUUCUCUGGGAACCACAUUGAUGCUGUUGUUAGGGAAGCAGAUAGCAAUUUAUUGUGGAGGAUCACUGGCUUUUACGGCCAUUCGGAAACUCAUCGAAGGUAUGAUUCUUGGCGCCUUCUCGCUUUUUUACAUAGUCAGUUCCAACUCCCAUGGCUAUGCCUGGGAGAUUUUAAUGAGAUAUUAUCAAUGGAUGAAAAAGCAAGGGGUUCUAUUCGUUCACAGCAGCAAAUGGAUGGUUUUAGAAAUGUUGUGGACUUUUGUAGGUUCUCUGACUUAGGCUAUUGUGGAACUGAUUUCACUUGGAACAACAUGCAAGAAGGUGAACACAAUAUUCAACUGAGGCUGGACAGAGCUUUAGCAACCCCUGAAUGGGUUGAGAAUUUUGAAGGAAUGAGAGUCUAUCACCUAGUAGACUCCACCUCGGAUCACUGUGCAUUGCUUCUCACUGCUUCUCUGCCUCGAUGUUCUUCCUAUGUCAAACGUUUCCACUUUGAGGCACCGUGGACAAAAAACGAGGCAUGCAGAGAAGUUAUUGAAUCUUCUUGGGGGAUGGGUGUUGAUUUGAGCACGCCUGGAGAACUUAAAGCUCUGUGCCUCCGAGUUAUCUAA